CGCCAAGCAAAGAAUAGGCGCCACCUACAUUGGGUCGGGUCGGGUUCAUCUAUCACAUAUAUGAAUGUAUAUGUAUUUUUGUGGGUCUGUUCGGUGUUUGGUUUCGUAGAGAAAAGCUGAAACCUUGCAGUUUGUGGAAAAGAAUGGAGAAGGAGAAAGACUGUCAGCUUUUAACGCCACCACCAAAACGACAGUCAAUUAAGACGCAGUCGCAUUUUAAUACAUACCCUCUUUGGAAAGACAAGCUGAGGGAAAAUUGUUACAAAAGGGUUAGAGAAGACAGGAAUCGCUUGCUCUGGAAAAUGAGGUUACCUACUCCUAAUAAAUCUAUUUCUGACAAGGAUUUUAUCAAAUCUGCUUUCCAGAACAUAGUUUCUGACGAACUGAAGAAAAUGAGGCACUCGUCAUUAGAUGCUGAUUUGAAGAUUCCAACUUCUGCCCCCGAUCCAAGUGAUAUAUUAUGGGAAUAUGAUGGCCUUCAUGAUGCUUAUCAAGGCGAAUGCGAAGACAUGUUGUUGGAGAUGCAGAGGAUCUUCUAUGAAGAUCUCAGGGCAGAACCAACUAGAAAAGAACCUGAAAACGACAUUGAAAUCUGGGAGGAUGAAGAAGAUGAAUACCUGGCUCGUGCUGUUUUUGAGAACAUGCGAUUGAAUGAUAAGCUGGUGCACAAGGAGACCUGGUGUCCUAUCUGUAAGCAAGGACAAUUGCAAGAGAACUACCAACUUAUAUAUUGUAGUCUUUGUGAAUUACAACUCAGUAAAGGCGAUGAGGUUAAUUUGGAGACAUUGCCGACUCGACUGGCCGAAGUGCACACAGAACAUCUUGAUCGGGGUUGUAGACUAAAACCUAAGUUUUCUGUUGAAACUAGAUUUGGUUUAACUGCACUAUACGCUUCCUGUGAGGUCUGCAAAACGCUGGAGAUUGUUAUGUAGUUUCAUUUUAUAGUUGGUCAGAAGAAACAAUAUCUACAUUACAUCACUGUUAUCAUUCUUCGGGAGGAUUUAAUUUUAUAAUAUACUCCUGGAAGCCGAUUUUCUUAAGUUUUAAUUGAACUGUAAGGUGCUUUGGUUAAUUUGUUGAUCAUAGCACAACCUUCUGUAAAUACUAGCCUUCUUCCUUUAAUUUCACGUCACAUUUACCA